UCUUCGACUCAAUGCGAGUCCGCUCGAUUAUUACCUGCCGAUAAUUCUGAAUCUUCAUCGGAAUGUCAAUCAGAGGUCGAUCCCCAAUCGGUGCUCAAGCGAUUGUACAUCUCACAUACGAUUUCUACAUGGAAUUCGCGCAUGUUUGAGUUCGGCGCUGUCUUAUUCCUGGCCUCCAUUUUUCCCGGCACUCUGCUGUAUGCUUCGAUCUACGCGCUCGUCCGGUCUUUCUCAACGGUUGCCCUGUCGUCGUGGUUAGGAGAUCGAGUUGAUCAGUCAGAUCGACUUGUAGCUCUACGGCAUUCAAUUGUCUGGCAACGGAUUCCGGUUGCGGCAUCUUGCUUAUGUUUCGCAUAUCUAUUUUCAACAAGUGGUAGUGGCGUUGCUACUGUUUUAUUCAUUGUUGCUGGCUUUCUUGCUUGCUUGGAGAAGUUGGCAGCUACCGUGAAUACAGUAGCUGUUGAACGAGAUUGGGCAAUCGUCAUUUCGGACAGCAUCCAUGUCCCCCGACAAGAAUUAAAUGCGUCGAUGAGACGGAUUGACUUAUUUUGCAAGUUGAUUGCGCCGGUUUUCAUCUCUCUAGUGGAUAGCUUCUCGACAACAGUCGCAAUAUGGACAGUGUUUGUCCUGAAUAUUGCAUCUGUUCUGGUGGAGUAUGUCACUAUUGCUCACGUAUACCGAUCUGUACCUGCUCUGAAAAGACCAAUGGCCAUCUUUCAACGUGAGAAUAGCGAAGUGACACAGUCAUCUACACAAAAAACCUCAUCAGGUAUGAACUACCUGCGCGAUGUAAUUUCUCCUUGGAAGAGCUAUGUCGCAAGCUCGGUGUUCCUGGCAUCAUUGUCACUGAGCCUACUCUACCUGACUGUCCUUUCCUUUGCGGGUACAAUGGUCACAUACUUGCUGGAUAGUGGCUUUACUUCGUUUGAGGUAAGCUGCAUGCGCAUCGGCUCUAUAAUAGGAGAGUUGUCAGGCACCUGGGCAGCACCCGUCAUCAUGAACCGGAUUGGACCCAUUCGAUCCGGACUGUGGUUUUUGAAUUGGCAACUUUGCUGCUUGGCCGGUGCUACCACUACAUUUGUGCUAUGUUCCUUGAACUCUCGACUAGCUGCAGCUGCUUUGACAAUAGGCGUUGCUCUGAGUAGGGUUGGCCUCUGGGGCUUUGAUCUGUCUGCUCAGUUUCUUAUACAGGAGAACAUUGAAGAACAUGCUCGAGCAAGGUUCUCCACCACGGAAAUUGCGUUGCAGAGCGUCUUCGAAAUGCUUUCAUUUGCGUCGACUAUCAUAUGGCCCUUGCCGGAACAGUUUCAGUAUCCGGUGAUGAUCAGUGCUGGGGCUGUAACUGUGGCGGCGGCUUGUUUUGCUGCAUAUGUACGGCGAGAACGGGGGCAUCUGCUGCAUCUAUCGAAAUGCAUGGAAGGUAGCAAGGUAUAUCGGGAAGAGAUACCAGCAUGA